AUGAUAAUAUAAAAUUCUUCACGUUUGGAAGGAAAACACAUUAAGAAUAGUAGAAGUGCUUAAAGACUCACUCCUUCUCAUAAUCUAUAUACUGAAUCUUCUUAUAUAUCUUAAAUCUUGGCUCAUUAGUAAAAAUUAAAUGAUAUUCCAAACUCAAAUAAAAGAAUAUUAAAUAAUGUCAGUCCUUCAAAUUUUAAUUAUAGGGAUGGUAAAAUUCUAUAAAAAAACUAUUUGCAAAAUAAAUACUCAUUAUUAUUAGAAGGGAAUCAUGUUCAAAGAGCUGGUUGGAAAAAAUAUUUAUUAGAUGGAUUUAAAGAGAAGAUUGAAAACAUCUUAAAUUAAAACAAGAAAGGUUCAAAGUUAUUUAAAAUCAAAAGAUAAUAUUUUACUAAAAGUGUUGCUUUGUAACCAACUGUUAUUUAAGAUGAUUAUUUAACAGUUGAUUCAUUGAUUAAAAAAUAAGAUCCUUCUUAUGAUAUUGAAGCAGUUUAGGAUAAGUUAAUAUAAUAACAUAAGCAUUAUUUAACAAAUAAGAAAAAUACUGAUUAUGAUGAGAAGUAUGAAAAAUAAUAAUAUUGAGAUUAUAAAACUUAGUAAAGUAAUUUGAAAUAAUAGUAGAUAGGAUAGAGAAGGAAGCAUUUAAAGUGAAAGUGCCCACAAAUUUCUCAACAGCUAUGUAAAAUUACAAUGAUUUUUAUGAUGUGCAACUAGACUCCAAAAAUAAAUACAAUAGUUUUAAAGCUAUUGAUUUUAGUAAAUUUGAAAUAAAAUAAAAUUUAAAACAAUCAUAUGCUUUAAACUUUUGGGAUUAAGGAGAAAUUGAUGAAGAAAUUGAAUAAUAAAUACAAACUUGUAGAGUCUCAACUUAAAGAGAUUGUAAAGAAGAAUUAUUGGAAGAGAUUAGAUACUAUUAAGCGACUUAAUUAAUAUAAUAAUUAGAAGAUAAACAAUUAGUACCAGAAGAACCUAAAUAAUAAGAGGAAGAAUAAAUUUAAAAAGAAUAAGUUGAAUAAAAAUAAUUGGUUAUUGAAUAACCUAAGGAACUUAAGGAACCUAAAAAAAUAAAAAAAAAAAAUGUUAGAUACAAACAAAAAAAAUAAUAAAGUAUUUGAUUAAAAUUAUUAAUCAGAAAUAGUGAAAACUAGUUAAUAGAAAUUUGAUCAUAGAUUUGUCGAUUACAUGUUAUCAUUAUAAGAUGUUCAUGAGGCAGACCUCAAUUAAUUUAAAGAAAAAUAAGUUGCAGAUUAUGAUUCCUACAUAUUUUGUGAUCCUAAUGAAGAAAUUGUUUACAAACAUCAAAUUGAUUGGAAUUGUUAAUUAGAAUAUUUAUUAAGAGAUAUUAGCUGA